AUGGGCUGGAUGAACGAGAAGGAGAGGAGGAGGAUGGAAGAUGGACAGGGGAGGAGUGUCGGCGGCUACUUGAGUCAUUGUGGCGGUGGCGAGGAUGGGGGGACCGACUACGAGAACUUCGUUGAUCAUACCUACAAUCAUGGGAGCGCGACCUGGGCCGACUGCUGCGUCCAACUCAUCCGCACCUGCGGCUCGGACCUCAUCAAAGCGCACUCUGUCACCAUCUUCGAGAUCUCAGACGGGACAUUGGCGAAAGAGUCAGAUGUCACCAUCCUCUACACCUUCCUCCGUUCGCAAUCCAUUGCAGUCUCCGCCUCCGACUCGGAAGUGGCAUCUCCGAGUCUGAGCCCGAGGCCAAAUGAAGGUGGACUGCCAGUCGAGCCGGAUCCCAGUCCCAAACAGACCACCUUACCACCGGCACCAAUCCCUCCACCUGUGACAGCUGUGCCAACCCGGGCCAGUGCCGCAAAUAGACCAACUCGAAUUUGUGCGCUCCCAGCCAGAUUCCGAGAUUACAACCCUGUUCCUCUCACCACCGUUCAACGAGAAGCUCCAGUGUUGGAGCGGAGAGAUGGGGUCGCAUCCCAAUCAUCCUCAUCAGGCAGAGGAUCAACUGUGCCUCGAGUCACACUCAUUGUACGUGACACAUACCAAACGCUGGCGAAUGUCUUUGGUCUAUGGCGAAGCUAUCUACACCGGCCGACGUACGACCCCGACGAGCAUAUUGAUACAGAAGAUCUUUCGACUUGCUAUCCGUUGGAUGGCGAUCCCGACACUCAGGCUGCUGUAGAAGCAGCGCCCGGGCCAAUAGCGAACAGAAGCCUUCGAGCUUUGUGGGGCUGGUUUAACAACAGCAGCAUCAAGAAGACAAAGCAGCAGUUCAACGAACUCAUUGAUGUGAUCACUCACCAAGACUUUGAGGCUGCCGAGUUGGUCGGAACAAGUGCUGCGCAAGCUGAUAAGGAAGCCGACCAAGAAGCCCAAGGAUGUCUGCUGUUUCUUGCGAACAUGAAGACGGCAUCGGUCACAAUCACUGUGCCAUCAGGAUUGCCCGAUGUACCGUCAAGGAGCUUUGCAAUACCGGGACUGCAGUUUCGAAGUCUGACGUCCGUGAUCAAGGCGGCGUUUGCAGAUCCAAUAUCGGCCCACUUCCAUUUCUCGCCCUUCAAACUGUACCACAACAAUAUGCGUGUCUACACAGAAGUCUAUAACUCCGACGCCUUCAUUGAAGAGCAUGACAAGAUCCAGCGGAUGGGCGAACUGCCGCCAGAUGAGCCAGAUUGUAAGCUGGAGAAGGUCAUUGCAGCAAUGAUGCAAUGGUCGGACAGCACUCAUCUCACGAAUUUCGGCAUUGCAAAGCUCUGGCCCAUCUACGUCCUAUUCAGGAAUCUCAGCAAAUACAUGCAAUCCAAGCCGGGAUUCGAACAAGUCAAACCGUGA